AGGUGCUUAUCUCUAGGCAGUCAAAGGCACUGGAUGUCAUAUCAUGGGAACUACCUUUCAAAGACACAGCUUUUAGUGCACAGUUCAGCACACAAGGGAAGAGAAACAUAUAAGUUUUGGAAACAAAAAAAAAUAACUAUAAUCACCUUUACCACAUUGAACCAGAUUCUCCCAGUACUCCUCUGGGGUAUCCCCCUGCAAUGCAGACUUAAAAGCUCAAAUCUCCAAUAUUUAAGGGAAGAGAAUGCAUGUCAGGAUUUCUCACUAAUGCAGACAAGCAAUCUUAGUCAAUCUGAAGGACCGACACAUUCAAAAUUGGCAUACCAUUGCACCUGUGAGCAGAAAAAGAUGGAUGCAGAUGCUGAAGAUAAAAGGCUGCAUACUCGCUCAAAAGGAACCAAGGUGCAGGUAGACUCUGUGGUACAAGAGCUCAGUGCUGCAUAUGGCUGCCCCAUGGCAAAGAAGAGAAAAACCGAAGAGCCAACAUUAGGUGUUCCAGUCAACAAAAGAAAAUCUCUAUUAAUGAAGCCUCGUCACUACAGCCCCAGUGUGGAAUGCAAAGAGGAAAAUGAUGACCAAAGUGAGACAGAAGAAGAUGAUUGUCCCCUGGAGACAAAUGGUCACCCCAUGGCAGAUGAAAGUCAUGUGAAGCCUACUGAAGGGAUUCUUCAUCCAAGUGGAAAAGAAAGCUUCAACCGAAAUAAAGACAGUUACACCAGCUACCAAGACCUAGUUGUCAAAUCUCUAAUGCACUUGGGAAAAUUAGAGCAAGAUGCCUCCAUACAAACACUACCUGAAAACCUAAAUGACAGUGGCAUCCAGUCAUUAAAAACUGAGAGUGAGGAAGUUGAUGACUGCUUCAUGAUUCAUUCAGCUGAUUGCAAGGCCCAAAUCAAUGACUCUAACCCACAGUACUGCUCAUCUGAUGACAAUGAAAGUCACUCCGAAAUUGCAGAAAAUGGUUGGGACAGUGCUUCUAAUUUCUCCGAAGAAACUCCGGAAAAAUCCCAUGUGGCUCAAACUUACAUUGUAAGUAGUAAUCAAAAGGAGCCCUUAGAAGCUCCAGAAAUUAAAACUGAAGUGGAAAAUUUUGUCCCUUGUGAAAAGGUGUGUGAUUCUGAAAUGCAGAUGAGAGAAUCCCAGAACUCUCCCAUGGAAUCCUUGGAGAGCAGAGCACAAAAUCCCCUCCCGGAGGGGGACGAAGAUGACACUGAGUGCUUGUCUAUAACAACAGAAGAGUCCGUUGACCUGGAUAAAACAAAAGGGCACUUGAGUUUGCUAGAGCAGGCCAUAGCUCUGCAGGCAGAGCAAGGCCAUGUUUUUCAUAGCACCUAUAAAGAACUGGACAGGUUUCUAUUGGAACACCUAGCGGGUGAAAGGAGGCACACCAAAGUUAUUGACGUGGGUGGAAGACAAGCCUUUAACAGCAAACAUUCACCCAGACCCGAAAAGAGAGAGACUAAAUGUCCCAUUCCUGGAUGUGAUGGCACAGGGCAUGUGACUGGACUCUAUCCACAUCACCGCAGUCUCUCAGGCUGCCCUCAUAAAGUCAGAGUGCCCCUAGAAAUUCUUGCCAUGCAUGAAAAUGUGCUCAAGUGUCCCACUCCUGGAUGCACAGGAAGAGGCCAUGUCAACAGUAAUCGCAACACACAUAGAAGUCUUUCUGGUUGUCCAAUUGCUGCAGCUGAAAAAUUGGCAAUGUCCCAGGAUAAAAAUCAGCUUGACUCUCCCAAAACCGGGCAGUGUCCUGACCAGGUUCACAGGACAAGCCUAGUGAAACAACUUGAGUUAUCUCAGUUCAGUUUCCGAUCAUCACAAACAGUCACAUCUCCCAGAGCUACAAUGACAAAAGAACAAGAGAAGUUUGGAAAAGUUCCAUUUGAUUAUGCCAGCUUUGAUGCUCAGGUUUUCGGAAAACGCACAAUAAUACCAACAGUCCAAGGACAAAACCCCUCUCAUCUUCCUGAAUCAAAGCAUUUUUCAAAUCCAGUGAAACUUUCCAAUCGACUGCCUAGUGCUAGCGCCCACACACAGAGCCCUUGCCGUGCCAGCUCUUAUAGCUACGGUCAAUGUAGUGAAGACACCCACACGGCAGCAGCUGCUGCUAUCCUGAACCUUUCCACCCGCUGCAGGGAAGCAGCAGAGAUCCUCUCCAACAAACCACAGAGUCUGUCUGCCAAGGUUGCUGACAUACAAGUGGAUGAAAAUGGCACUUUGGACCUAAGCAUGAAAAAAAAUAGAAUACUGGACAAGGCCACACCUCUAGCUUCUCCUCACAUUUCAAUUCCAACUUCUUCGUCUUCCCCAUUCAAAACGAGCAGCCUUUUGGUUAAUGCUGCCUUCUACCAGGCCCUCUGCGAGCAGGAAAGCUGGGACAUGCCUAUCAACUACAGCAAGACUCACGGGAAGAAAGAAGAAGAAAAAGAGAAAGACCCUGUGAGCUCUCCAGAAAAUUUAGAGGAAAAAAAAUAUCCAGGGAGGUCUCCAUACCAAGUCCCUAAACCCAAAACUCCAUGCCUGGAGAACUCAAAAAGGAAACUCAUAACCUGUCCAACUCCUGGAUGUGAUGGAAGCGGUCAUGUAACAGGAAAUUAUGCAUCACACCGAAGUGUUUCUGGAUGUCCUUUGGCUGAUAAGACACUAAAAUCCCUUAUGGCUGCCAACUCUCAGGAGCUUAAGUGCCCAACCCCUGGUUGUGAUGGCUCAGGACAUGUGACUGGAAAUUAUGCUUCCCAUAGAAGUUUGUCUGGUUGCCCUCGUGCCAGAAAAGGUGGUGUCAAAGUAACUCCUACCAAGGAAGAUAAAGAAGAUCCUGAACUUAAAUGUCCUGUAUUGGGAUGUGAUGGUCAAGGUCACAUAUCAGGUAAAUACACUUCCCAUCGUACUGCUUCUGGUUGUCCUCUGGCUGCCAAAAGACAGAAGGAGAAUCCUCUCAAUGGGUCCUCGUUAUCCUGGAAAUUGAACAAACAAGAGCUACCGCAUUGUCCCCUACCGGGCUGCAACGGACUGGGCCAUGUAAAUAAUGUUUUUGUCACCCAUAGAAGCUUGUCUGGAUGUCCUCUAAAUGCACAAGCCAUAAAAAAGGGCAAGGUCUCAGAAGAACUAAUGACUAUCAAGCUUAAAGCAAGUGGUGGUUUAGAGAGUGAUGAGGAAAUUAGGCAUUUGGAUGAGGAAAUAAAGGAACUGAAUGAAUCCAACCUUAAAAUUGAAGCAGACAUGAUGAAACUCCAGACCCAGAUCACAUCUAUGGAGAGCAAUUUAAAAACAAUAGAAGAGGAAAACAAACUUAUUGAACAGAACAAUGAGAGCCUGCUGAAGGAGCUGGCUGGCCUGAGCCAAGCACUCAUCUCAAGUCUAGCCGACAUUCAGCUUCCACAGAUGGGACCAAUCAGUGAGCAGAAUUUCGAAGCAUAUGUAAAUACACUCACAGACAUGUACAGCAAUCUGGAGCGGGACUAUUCCCCGGAAUGCAAAGCUCUGCUGGAAAGUAUCAAACAGGCAGUGAAGGGUAUCCAUGUGUAGGAUGUGAGAGCUGCCGGGCAACAGAAAUUACUAACAGCAGUCAACUCCAGAUGGAUCUGUUAGGGGUUCGUGUACUGCUAAGGCGUAUAGGUUGCCGUGCUGCAUUUACAAUUGCAACAUUGCACUAUUUUAUUUUUUUUUUCCCAGCUGACAUAAAAAGGAAAGAAAAACAUGAUCGACUAUUUGGGUUAACAGCGAUGCACUCAAUUAGUAUUCUUUAUUUAUUUUACUAUGUGUGUCUUUUGUUCCUUUCUUUGCACUUUUUUAUGUAAAGCAUAUGUAAAAAGUGUGUGACUAUUUUUUAUAUUUUUAUUUAUUUCUAAUCAAAGAUUUUUUUAUCUUUUAACAGCAUUUUACAGCCUGCCAUAUUUUUACAAAUGUGUUUAUUAAUUUAUUUUCCAAUGGGAUUUUAAAUAGACUGAAAAGUUACUCUGUAAACUUAAUAACUUGCUGGGUUUGUACGGAAAAAAAAAUAAACAUAACAAAAAAAAAGUGUGAAAGAACCAGUUACCUAAAGGAGUGGUCUGUGGUCUAGUUUAAUUUUCAUACCAUACUGCUUUCUUUUCUAAUGACUUUGUAUUGGGAAAGAGUUUGAGGUCAUUAUGAGAUGGGAGGAGGGAAGAGUGAAAAGAAAAAUGCUGCCCACUAGUGGGGAAACUCGCACUCCUAAAAGCACAGUACGCUGGAAACCAGCAUGUUAGCAAUAAUGAAAUAUAGCAAUCAGCAAAGCAUUUGACGUGGCUGUGUGGUUUUUAGUCUACAUGUACUCUUAUGAUUUGAAAUAUUUUAAAGAAAUUCAAAGAAUUAUUUUAAUGAUAUAGCUGUUUUUGGUUCUUCAUUUUGUUUUGUUUUUGAAGUCAUCUCAGAUAGUUGACAACUCUUAUCCGUAGGCAAGAAAGCUUACUGACCAGGCACGUGUUAGUACCACAUGUUGGUGCAAUAGUUAUUCAAGGGACAAGACCGAUGAAGAUUUGUAUUUAAAAAUACAAAAGCAUCCAAAUGAAAGAUUUGUAGAUUUCCCCUGAAAUAGCCUUUAGCAUACUGGUUUGACUCAAAGGAGACAGAAAAUGCAGCAACAGAGGCAAAAAUCUGAUUCCAAUCUAGUUGCAGGUUGGGUGUUUUUGUUUGUUUGUUUUAUUUUUUUUUCUGUUUAUGAUCCAAACCAUAGCAACGCAAUGAGAGGUUUCACCCAUCCUUAGGAAAUGAGACAACUAUGAACCUGUUGCCAGUCUUUCCAUGGGGCAGCAAGUGUUUUCAUACACAUGCCCAAGCACCCCAGGAUGUGUGUGUGUGUUAGUUAGCCUGGAUUAUGAAUUUCUGAAUGGAUCAGAGUUUAGUAGUUGCUAUAACAAAGGCAAUGUCUAUUUCAGGGAUUGUAAGUAAUUAAACAUUGUUUCAAAAGUUUUUUUAUAUUUAUUUUUUUUAAGAAAAAGGUAUAGACAACCAGCUAAACUGCCUUUUUGGUAUGCACACACACCUCAUGUGCAGAUGUGCCUCAGUGUAAAUGUAUACAUGGACUUGGCGUGUGCUUAAUUUUCUGUGCUACAACAAAAGUGUUUAUUUUUUAUUAGCCUCAUUUCUAUUUAGACUGAAUGUGAUGGCAUUCACAGGCUUGAUAUAUGCCACUAUUAUUACUGUUAACUGCACAAAAUGAAAGUAAUAUUCAAAGGUAAUUCCACUCUCAUGCACUGUGGUUAUUGUUCUGCAUUAAGUGGGGCUUUACUUUUGGGUGGGGGCUUAUUGGAAGCCUCGAAUCUAAGUUUAGUGAAAAUAAGAUGUAUGUUCUUAGGUAGGAGCUGUGUUUAUUUUGAAAUCAGUUUGAAAAAGAAGCUACCAUAUGUGCUGUCUAAUAUACACGGGACACCAAACAGAAUCUGCUUUGAACAUUAUUGUCCUUGCAAACAUAUUUGCUCCACAGUACUUGUUGAAUGCAUACAAAAUGAGUUCACUCAUGACAGAGACUGAAAUUUAAUUUACUAAAUAUUUUAACAAAUUUCUUAUAUAUUUUAUUUAAUUUAAAAGAAAUCUCUUACCAACCUAUGUAUUUAUUACUAUGAUUUCUCUGGCUUCAGGUUAAUUUAUCUGUGUUUGGAUUGUUUGCUCAGGAUGUUUUGUGAAGUAUGUUUGUAUUUAUUUGCUUCCUUUGUACUUGAUGUGUUUUGUAACGUGCACUGAUUUUUUUUCUGUUCAACUCCAUUGAUGAGCUAUACUGUAAAUUAGGCCUUUUGUAAAAAAAAAAAAAAGCAACAAUGUAUGCAUUUUUUAAUUUGGAGUAGUUUGUAUACUGUUUCUUCAUACAAUUAAUAUUUCUUACAUCAAAGCAACAAAAUUGUGUUCUGUGCUGUACAUUUGGUGUAUG